UGCGCUUGUAUGAUGGAGGCGUGAGCAGCGACAAAGAGGCGAGGGAGAUACAGAGAAAGUGCAUCUGAUGAGGAUAAAAAAAAGCCUGCAAGCGCUAGUGUGACUCAAUGGGUUGGUCUGGAAGGAGAAUGCGUGGACCGCACAGUGCGACUGGGAAAUAAACCCACAGACGCCAGUGAAUGCGUUCGCUAUCGGAUGGUUGGAGGCUGGCUGUACUGAUCAGUUGAUAAUAGGCUGGAGAUGAAUUGGCGAGAGGGUCGCAGACGGUUCUACCAGAAUCAUGCGGUGUUGGCAGCAGCCGACAUGAAUGACAAAUAAAGGAGAUAUUCGAGCGAACAACACAAGCACCAAGCGCAGAGGAUUGUGUAGAAAUCUAUCGGACUUGACUCAAGCCACGCAUAACGUCGCCUCGGAUCCGAUGGACCUCCCUCGCCGUUGUUAGAAAAGACGCAAAGGGAUUACAGAAUCAAACAUUGAUGAAUUUAGUGAAUUUCAUAGAUUGAAGUGUUUAAGCGUUUCUUUUGUCAGGCGAGACCUGAAAAACUUCCACAAUGGCUCUGGUCAUGGAGCCUGUGAGCAAGUGGAGUUCGAGUCAAGUGGUGGACUGGAUGAAAGGGCUGGAUGACUGUCUGCAGCAGUACAUUAAGACGUUUGAGAGGGAGAAGGUGGGGGGAGACCAGCUGCUUCGUAUCACCCACCAAGAGCUGGAGGACCUGGGAGUGUCCCGUAUCGGACACCAGGAGCUCAUCCUGGAGGCUGUGGAUCUACUCUGUGCUCUGAACUACGGUUUGGAGACCGAGAAUCUGAAGACUCUAUCCCAUAAGCUUAAUGCCUCAGCCAAGAACCUGCAGAACUUCAUCACAGGACGGCGGCGCAGUGGUCACUAUGACGGCCGUGUCGCCCGCAGGCUGCCCAACGACUUCCUCACCUCCGUGGUGGACCUCAUCGCUGCAGCCAAGAGCCUGCUGGCAUGGCUGGAUAGGUGCUACUUCUUUUUCAGGUCUCCGUUUGCAGCAGUGGCAGACUACUCCAUGACAAGAAACAAUGUGAUUCAGCUGUGUCUAGAGCUCACCACGAUUGUACAGCAGGACUGUUCUGUGUAUGAGACAGAAAAUAAGAUUCUGCAUGUGUGUAAGACUCUAUCUGGAGUGUGUGAUCACAUCAUCUCUCUGUCCUCUGACCCGAUGGUGUCCCAGUCAGCCCAUUUGGAGGUGGUUCAGCUGGCCAACAUCAAGUCCACUGAGGGACUGGGCAUGUACAUCAAAUCGACAUAUGAUGGCCUGCAUGUCAUCACUGGAACUACAGAGGGAUCUCUGGCUGACCGCUGUAAGAAAAUCCAUGCAGGCGAUGAAGUCAUCCAGGUCAAUCAUCAGACAGUGGUGGGCUGGCAGUUGAAGAAUUUGGUGAAUUCUUUGCGUGGGGACCCCGGCGGUGUUAUGCUGACUCUGAAGAAGCGCCCACAGAGUACACUCACAUCCACCCCAGCACUGCUGAAGAACAUGAGAUGGAAACCCUUAGCCCUGCAACCCAUCAUCCCUCAGAGCCCCAGCAGCAGUGUGGCGACGCCCACCACUACCCGGAGCACCCCGUCCAGGAGAGACAGCUGUGCCCUGCAGGACCUCUUCAUCCCCCCGCCCCCUGAGGAACCAUACACCCCCAGGUCAGCAGACUCUCUCCAUGAUCUGUGCUGCAGAGAUGACAAGGGGAAUCUACCAGGUGACGAUGACCUCCAAGCUGAAGUCCCGGUAGCCAAGGGCUCUGAGUCCCCCAACUCCUUCCUGGACCAGGAGUGUCGCCAACAUUUUCCUCUGGUGGAGGAGGAUGCUGUUCUCUACUGCUAUGAGUACGACCAGAACCACGGACCUCCACCUGUCCGCAGGGACAGCACCCCCACUUAUGGCAGGCUUAGGCCCAUCUCCAUGCCAGUGGAAUAUAACUGUGUGGGAGACUAUGAAGACUCGGCCAAGCUGAAAAGAGAGAGCAGGAGAGAAAACUCUCUGCUGCGCUAUGUGAGUCAGAGUGAGGCCAUGCCAGAGGAGUACCUGACAGGACGCAGCAGGAAGAAGGGUGACAAGGGCAGCCCCGCCCACUACGCCCUCCACCCAGCCCUCCAGAUGGAAGUCUCCAUGUCCACAUCCAGCUCUGACUCUGCCUCCCUCUAUCAUAUGUUUGAACGAUCCUCGCUGCUCUCAAGGUCUAGGAAGAAGAGUAAAGUAGGCGGUUCUCUGUCCUCCAUCAGUAAGAGGCGUAUCUCCUGUAAGGACCUGGGGCGAGGGGACUGUGAGGGCUGGCUGUGGAAGAAGAAGGAUGCUAAAAGCUACUUCUCCCAGAAGUGGAAAAAGUACUGGUUCAUCCUGAAAGAUACCUGCCUAUACUGGUACAUGAAUGAGGAGGAUGAAAAGGCAGAGGGCUUUGUUAGUCUCCCAGAAUUCAAGAUCGAUCGUGCAUCUGAGUGCCGUAGGAAGUAUGCUUUCAAGGCCUGCCAUCCAAAGAUCAAGAGUUUCUACUUUGCAGCAGACAAUGUGGAUGACAUGAACAGGUGGCUGAGUCGUCUGACCAUGGCAGUGGCAGGUUACUCGGAGCAGGAGAGGAUCCGACAGGACCAGGACUACUGGAGUGAAAGUGACCAUGAGGACAUGGAGAUGCCUUCAACCAUGCCGAAACAGGACAGCCCUCCACCCCCCUACGACAGCUACCCCAGGCCCCCCUCGGUGUCCCAGAUGAGUCCAUACUUGGAGCCUAAACACGGCCGCCUCUCCUCUGAAACCUUCCAGUCACGCUCCUCUCAUGAGGAGUUCCACCCCGAGCCACAGGAGGGCAGUGGGGACGGCUCCCCUGGUCAGAAGUCCUCCAGCCAACGGCGUUCGUGGCAGGACUUGAUCGAGACUCCCCUGGGCAGCACAGGGCUCCACUACCUGCAGACCCUGCCCCUGGAGGAGGCCCUGCUGCGUUCCCCUGGAGGAGGUGGCCUGUCUGUGGAGUACCGCCGCCAGUCAACCCUCCCUGCUCAGCGCAGCCUGUUGCAGGAGCACUAUGGCCCACUGCCCCUGCAACUCAGCCCCAGUGUCCCUGUAGAGGCUGGGGGGAAACCCCGUAGCUUCACCCUGCCCCGAGACAGUGGGCUCCAUGCCAUCCUCUCGGCCAGCGCCUCUGACCACAGGGACCACAACCGCUACCAGCUGGCCAGAGACACAGGCUGUGAGCGGGAGGGACGUCCCCAGGCUGACUCUUUGGGGGACCUGUACCGGGCCCUGGAGAGGGCAAACCUGUCCUCCAUAGGCGACCACCGGCCCUCCUCCCGCCUGGAGUACAAACGUUCCUUCGUCCGCCGCAUCAACGACCCACUGCUCAGUGAAAAGCUGCACCGUCUCCGCAUCCUACAGAGUGCUCUCAAGAAUGUCCCUCUUCAGGACUCUGACCCAUCAUUGGGAUUUUUAGGAUAGCCUGUGUGGAACAGACCAUGGACACAGCAGCCCCAUCACAGUCACCUCAUACAUCCUGCCAAGGGACGUGCCCUUACUGCCCUACCCCAGACAUCCCCUCAUCCCUGGAAGACAACCAUAACAACCAGUGUUACACCCCCCCCCCCACUCAAUUUCACUCUCUCUGCACACCCACAUCUGCUUCUAAGGACCUUUCCUCAUGCAAAAUAGUUUGCUCAGUGAGCAAAAUAACCAUAACAUAUUAAAUAGAUGGGAUAACAAAUUAUACAAGUUGCAUCGUGAAUGCGUGCAAUGCAUGUUCACAUUAUUUACUUAAACUCUGGUUCAAUAAUAGUAAUCUUCUCAUUGACAUUAUUAAAGGAAAGUUACAACAUAAAUUGCCCUUGAGAAUAUAGUGAGGCCAGGAUUCAAUCAGAUCAGCGUUAACCCACGGUAACCGACAAAUGCAUAGCUAAAUAUUGCUUUUGUUUAGGCAGUGUCAGAGGUGUAACUGUUUUGGAGCUGUCAAAUCGGUGAGCGGCUGCUCUUGUGGUCAUUGUCACGAAACCACGUUAUAAGUUCAGAAGGAGAAAGUGUAGACUAUGUAGAAAUAAAGACACUCAAAUUGAAAAUCAUCAACCAAAAUAAAAAGGAUGUCAGCCUAAUCUAAGUGUAGAUCAUAAUCAACAUUCCGUUGUUCCAACUUGUAACAGGGCUGCAUGGGAUUUCUACCAUUGCGAAUCAGUGCAUCCAGUGACAAUGUCCACAAUAGGUAUAAUGCCGGGAGCCGCCUGUAGAUUUGAUAGCUCCAACGUAGUUACACCUCUGACACUGCCAAAACAAAAGCAAUAUGUAGCUAUGCAUUUGUCGUUACUGCGGUUAGCGCUGAUCUGAUUGAAUCCUGGCCUGAGUUUGAUGGUAUUUUUUGCACAGUUCAUUGUUUUGUGUGAGGAAAAUGUCACGUUAUGUGUUUUUACGCUAAUCUCCCUUUCAGUAGCUCUUCAACACACAUUCAUCUCACUCUGGGUUUCUGUCCACCCCAUCUCACUCACUCACUCACUAACUCACUCACUCUCUCACGCGCUCUCAGAACAUUGUCUGUGGAGGACAGUAUGGUUUGACUUAUUAAGAGUAAUCUUCUAGAAGGCACACAUGACAUCCACAGCCUUUUCUGGUUUGAUGAUAUUGGAUAUUUCCACCCAUCUGAAAGACUGCAUUAGUGGGGCGCCCUUUAACUCACUGCUCACCUGCAUGACCAUGUUAGAAACUUCUGCUUCUGUACAGUACUGUCUGUUCUGAAGACUAUGCCAGGGUUGUAUCACUACAAUGAAUCUUGAUCCUAAAUGAGCUAAAAUAAGCAAUUGUAUUUUUGAUGUCUACAAUGUUUAUGUUAUGCAUGUGUGAAUGGUAAAUGAGUAUGUACUGUAUGUCUGUGUGUUAUGAGAGUGUACAGUAUGUUAAGCAUAUAUAUUUAUUUCAUAAACUGGAUAUCACACAACUGGUAUGUCAGCACAAAAUGUAAGGAGAUUAUAUUUCAACUUCAGUGUUGUGCCUCAGAGAUUCUGAAAGUAUUAACACUCCAAGACUGGGUGAACAUAGAUAGUUUAUGGCUGCAGGGCGGAAUUUCUCUCUUAUAAUAAACAGAAACUGGUGCACAGAGACAGACAGACAGACAGACAGACGAGGACUGGUAAUAAUAAACCAGUACUGUCAAUUGUGAAGAGUUGAUCAGAAACACGUGUCUAUUUUUGUAUGCAUGCUAUCUAUCCAAAUGUUUGUAAAUGAUUUUGUAUUCCGAGGAGUGUGUGUGAUCUGGAAACUGCUGGUGUGAACCCAUCGUCCACAUUGUGUUUCUAAGAAAUAUUUUACAUUAUAAGUAAAAGCAACAGAAGAAAGUGUUUGUUUUUGAAGUGAUCUCUGCUAAAAGGUAAAUAUCUGUAUUUAUAAACUGUUCAAUGUUUGAGCAUGCUUUGUAUAACUUAAACAGAAUACCAUUCCAUUUGAAAUCUAUGGAAGUUGCACAUGUUUGCCGUAUUGUGGCUAAUUUACUUUUUUAUUCAAUAAUAAUAAACAAAGGCUUGUCC